AUGUACUUAAUAGGGCUAUUCGCCUCGGCGUCCUGGGAACGAUUCCAGCGUGGAAUAAGGCAGCACUACCUGUAUGACCCAGAGGAGGACGACAUCGUGGCUGACCUACUGCGUGACCUCAACACCAGGCCCAUUGUUCAUACAGCGUGCAACAAACUGAGCUCACAUCUACUUUUAACGCUCACGUUUGAUGACGGCGGUAGGGCCAUGUUUAAGCCUGUCAAGACCACAAAAUACCAGGAGACUUUACCCGACCAUUUCUACUUCAGUGACCGGGAGAGACCUAUGGCUGAGAUUGCCGCUUUUCAUCUGGACAGGGUGCUGGCGUUUUACCGUGCGCCGCCAACCGUUGGAAGAGUUUUGAACAUCACACGUGACGUGGUCCAGGUGGGUGACAGUGAGCUCAGGUCUUCUGCGUACACCUCACCAGCUGGCAACACAUGUGUCCUCGGCACUUGUUUGGUUGAGUGCACGUACGAGCACGGGCUGUGCGGCACGCCAGACCUGAUCCAGGGCGCCGCCACUGCCAUGCUGCCCAACAGGAGCGCCACAUUUUUGGGAACCGUCAUCAGAAAUCCCUGGGCCAGGUCUUACGAUCCCAGGUUAAAAGCAGAGUGGGAAAAAGACGAUGACUUCUGUAGAACGCGAGUGAUGAGUAGAUCAAGAUUCCGCGGCCGUACUUUGCUGGACUUGAUGGACAUGGCUGUCUUUGACUUUUUGAUUGGUAAUCCAGACAGGCACCACUACGAGAUCUUCCGGCAGUUUGGUCUCGACACCUUUGUCGUACUCUACGACCACGGUCGAGGGUUUGGCAAGCCUCGAGUAGAUGACCUGUCUAUACUGGCUCCUGUUCGUCAGUGUUGUAAAAUUCGUGGCGUGCAGAGCUAUGUUGCUGCCCGGGGCGAAACCAAAGGAAGAUGCCCCCCAUAA